UCUCUCUCUCUCUGUAUCUGACACUCUCAAGCACUCAUUGUUAAAAAUGAGUUCACCAGGUUCAUCUUCUAGAUCUAUUCCAUUCAAAUCGAAGAAACGGUUACAGAUGGAUUCGCCGAUUUCUAAACCCAAGGCGGAGAACACCAACAACCCGCCGUCUUCUGUAGCGUUGCCUACGCCGGAGAAGCCGCUUGAGAACAUGCUUAGUAGAUCUAGAAACCGAUCUGUCGCUUUAUCCGUUAAAGAGAUUCGUCAAGCCGCUGGAUCUCGUCGUAGAUCUGAAGAUCCGGUUGCUCCUUCAUCCGCUAAAAGCAAGCUCUUUUUUUCUCACACCGAUUCGUCAUCCUCUAAACGAGUUAGUAAGAAUACAGAGAAAGAGAAGCUUCCGGAGAAGUAUGAGAUUCUGGGAAGCUUCUUUGAUGCAUUGGAUAGUUCGAUUUUGUUAUCGAAACUGAGAGGUUCUAAGCCCACAUUUUCAAACAUUUCUGGAAAAAUCGAACAUUUAACAGAGAGGAGGUUUUGUUAUAGUCACUUGGCUCAACUUAAGCAUAUAUUACCAGAAGCGAUGGAGAUUAAGAGAGUGUUGAUACACGACGAAAGAACUUGCUGUAUGAAACCAGACCUUCAUGUUACACUCAAUGCUGAUGCUGUUGAAUCCAAUGAUGACAAGUCUAAAUCUGAAAGUAAGAGGAUUAGUCUCCGGAAAGUGUUCAGGGCUAGGCUUGGAGAGUUUGUUAAAGCUCACCCUCAGGGUGAUGAUGUUCCAGAAGAACCGCUUCCUGAGCUAUUCAAUAGAGGGAAACCAAAUGAAAACUCAAGAGUUGAGGUUAAAAGUGUUAUGGAAGAGAAGGCUUCUAUUCCAGCAGCUAAAUUGUUUUCGUCUCCCUUCAAAGUUACAUCAACUCCAGUCAAAACAGCUUCAACUCCUGCUAAACCAACUUCGUCACAGAUUAAUAUGGCACCAACUCCGAGCAAAACAAAUUCAAGUCCUGCUAAACCGACUUUGUCUGUGAUUGACAUGGUGCCAACUCCAGUCAAACCAGUGUCAACUCUGGCUAACAUGCCUGUGACACCAGCUACAGUUGACUCAACACCAGUGAUUGCUGCUUCGACUCCACCUGAAUUUGCUUCAACUCCUGCCCGGCUGAAGAGUACGUCACUGGCAGCUCGUCUGCAGAAGAGAAGCAGCGAUUGUACUAAUCCUGAUGAUGUUUCUGCUGACCCACCGGCUAAGCUUGUGAGGCGUUCCUUGUCUCUGAACUUUGAUUCUUAUCCUGAGGAUGACAAAGCUACGGAUUUUACUGAUGAUGAGCCCAUUGAUGAAGAACCAGAAGAAGAUGUAUCCAGCGAUGAUGAAAUCCUCAGCAUACUUCCUAGUAAACUUAGACAAGCGAUAAAAGAACAAGAGAGGAAAGCGAUAGAGGAUCAAAAUCCAGCAAUCUCUCUGGCUAAAAGAAGACGGAAGAUGAUCGCUUGCCUGCCUAAACUUUUCAAUGUCAUCCACUACUUGAUUCAAUCGAUAAGGCGUUGGGUUAUCACAAAAGAAGAGCUUGUGCACAAGAUUAUCGCUGGUCAUUCUGAUAUUACUGACAGAAAAGAAGUUGAAGAACAACUUGUACUACUACAAGAACUAGUCCCGGAAUGGAUGUCUGAGAAAAAAUCAUCAAGUGGAGAUGUACUAGUAUGCAUAAACAAAUUGGCGUCUCCCCUAACAAUCCGAUCACGUCUUGAAGAAGUAAACAAGCAAGAAGUGGCUCCACUGCUUUCUUGAUGAGAUCGUGCCAUAGACUGCGGUUACUUGGGUUUCUAACUUAUUUUUGUGGUCUGCCAAAUUAUAUUAUUCAUGAGACAAAUAUGUAGAGACUUUUAGGUUAUAAAGUUCUAAGUACUGAAAGUAUAAAAGGGGUGAAAAAACAAGUAGUUGACAGACUAUUUAUAGGAAGAUGUUCUAAUCUAUUUUCAAAUUCCGACUUUUUAAGUUAUUUCUCUAUCAAAUAAAUGGUCAUUGUGUAUCAGAAUUCUUAAUAAUCAUAUAUAUAUAAAAGUAAAGUUUCACUCUC